AUGCCCCGUGCACCCGCAGGCCACCGCUGCGGCGGCAAGCGGCCCAUCGGCGGCGCUCACCGGACCAACUCCCCGACUUCCCGCCGCCGCCUUCCCCUCCCCAGUCACUUGCUCGCCGACGGUCCCUUCAGCCUCCGCUUCGCCCUCACCGCCGCGCCCCACCGCCCCCGCAAGCGCCGCAGUCACCCCGGCCCCUGCCCCCGCCUUCCCGCCCCCAGCCACUUCCUCGCCGUCCGUCCCUUCAGCCUCCGCUUCGCCCUCACCACCGCGCCCCACCGCCCCCGCAAGCGCCGCACCGGCGGCGCCAGUCACCCCGCCCCCUGUCCCCGCCGCCGCAGAAGCCGUGUUGUCGACCUCCGCCAAUUCCUCGCCCUCGGCCCAUUCGCCCUCCGUUACGUCCUCGCGGGCGGCGCAUCGGCCUCUUGCCGCCGCCGGAAGGCCUCCUUCUCCUUGAUAGACAUCAUGGGCUGCACCUUCUCGCGGGCCUCGAGGGUAUACAAGAAAGCUGUCGAGGGGUUGCGGGAGGUGGGAGAUCUCAGUGCCAAUCAGGUUCAAGCGGACAAGGCUGAUGCGGCCAGGAGGGGUAUUGGCGAUUGGACCAACAUUAGAUCGGAGGAGGUGCCCAGCUAUAAGCCCAAAGAGGAUCUGCCUGAAUUAUUUACAGCUCUCACAAACGAAGAAGAAAGUUUAGUACACUACUAUUUGUAUGGUAGUGGUCACAGUAAAGAAAGAUUAGUACUGCAUGAGUCUUCAAAUAUCGAGAUUACCAGAGAGAAACUAUGGUGCUUGAGGCCUCGUGGUUGGUUAAACGACGAGGUCAUCAAUUUUUACCUAGAAUUGUUAAAGGAGAGGGCAAAAAGAGAACCCACAAGAUUUUUAAAAUGCCACUUCUUUAACACAUUCUUCUAUAAGAAGCUUGCUGGUGGAAAAACUGGUUAUGACUAUGAAUCUGUCAGAAGAUGGACAACCCUCAACAAGUUGGGUUAUGCGCUAAUGGACUGUGAUAAAAUAUUUAUUCCAAUUCACAGAGAUUUACAUUGGUGCUUGGCAGUUAUUAACAUGAAGGAAAAAACUUAUGAAUAUCUUGAUUCUUUUGGUGUCAUGGACUUUGAUGUACUGAGAAUACUGGCUACAUAUAUUAUGGAUGAAGUGAAGGACAAGAGUAACAUAGAGUUAGACGUUAGUUCUUGGCAGGAUGUAUCAGUUCCUCUUUGUAUGCAACAUAAUGGAUGGGAUUGCGGUAUGUUCAUGCUCAAGUUCAUCGAUUUCCACAGCCGAGGUGUCAGUCCAUCUUUUAGUCAGGAAGACAUGGAAUAUUUUAGGAAGCGUACAGCAAAGGAGAUCCUGAGAUUAAAAGCUGAGUAAGGAAUGGGCCCUUUAUGAUCAACAUCUAGACAUUUUACCAUGUCAGGUAUUCUUCUUGCAUUCCGCUGGAAAAGAUGCGAGGAAGUAUCUCUGCUGUCAACUAGAGUCGUGGUGAUUAAGCUCUAAGAGUAUAUCACCAUGCCACCACAGUUUUGUAAAAUCUCUAAUUCAUAUUCAUCUAGGAUCUGAUUUUGAUAAAAUAGGAAGGAUGGAGAAGAGAUGUAUAGGGAAGAUAAUAAGACUUGUUUAGAGGUAGAGUGCUCUG